UUUUUUUUCUUUCCGGUCUCCACUACAUAGAAGACGCAAACAUGUUCAUGCCAAAGGCCCAUCGUGUCGCCAUCUACGAGUACCUCUUCAAAGAGGGCGCCAUUGUGGCGAAAAAGGAUUUCCAUGCACAGAAGCACCCCGAGCUGGAGUCAAUUCCCAACCUUCAUGUCAUUAAGGCAUUGCAGUCGCUGCAUUCUCGCGGCCUUGUCAAGGAGCAGUUUGCUUGGAGACACUACUACUGGUAUUUGACCAACGAGGGCAUUGAUGAGCUCCGCAGCUACCUGCACCCAGAGAUCGUGCCCUCGACCCUGCAGCGCCCUGCUCGCUCUGAAACUGUGCGCCCACGCCCAGCUGCUGGCGGUCCACGCGGUACUGGUGAUGCCUCCAAGACUGGCGAGGAUCGCUCGGCUUACAGACGCGCCCCCGGCGGCAGCGGUGUCGACAAGAAGGGAGACGUUGGACCCGGCGCUGGAGAGGUUGAGUUCCGUGGCGGAUUCGGUCGUGCGGCAGAGGAGUAA